UUGGAUUUACUGUCGUGAUGUUGGUGUGCGGCUCUAGGGGGCGCUAGUUGUUCUUUCAGUCUUUUACCUCGACUAUAACCCGCGCAGCUCGCGUCAAAGAAGAGAAAGACCACAACCGUGAACAAAUUACAUCGACCAUGAGUUUAGACGUAAAGAAACUGAAAGUAAACGAGCUGAAGGAAGAGCUCCAGCGCCGCGGCCUGGAUACUAAAGGCCUGAAGGCGGACUUGAUGGAGAGGCUGAAAUCCGCCCUGGAGGAAGAAGCUCAGGAGGAAACAUCUGAACAGGCAGAGCAGGAGGAUGCCCACAAUCAGGAAUACCAGGAGGAAGAAGAGGAACAAGGUGCAAAUGCAGCUCAAGACUUUGGAAAUGAAAGUGGUGGUGAUGAUGAAAAUGUUCCGCAAGACGAAGAUGAAGGCAGAGAUUCUGGUGGCUAUUAUGAGGAAGAGGAGGCAGAAGGCGAGCCUCGCAAAGGCCAGCAAGAUUCAGAUUUGGGUCAAGGCGCACCGGACUUCACAGCAGAUGAGGAUAUUCACGGAUCAAACAUGUUUGAGGAGGAGACAAAACCAGAAGAAUUGCCGGAGGAGAGAGUGGAGAUUAAAAAUGAAGUUGCAGUCAAAGUAAAAACAGAAGAAGAGGAGACUGAACCUGUUGAAAACAAACAGCAGGAUGGAGAGCAGCAGCAAGAACGAGAUGCUGCAGACUUGGCUGAGCGGGUGAAAGUGGAAGAUAAAGGUGGAAACUACAGCCGUAAGAGGCCACACGAGGAGAACCGGCGCUACGGCUACGAGAAGAGAUCUCGAACACCCCAGCCUCCUGCUGAAGAUGAGGAGGAGAACAUUGACGACACUCUAGUGACAAUUGAUCCAUACAACUGUGAUUUGCACUUCAAAGUGUCCCGAGACCGGUACAGUGGCUAUCCGCUGACCAUUGAGGGCUUUGCUUACCUGUGGGCUGGAGCCAGAGCGACUCAUGGCGUCACCCAGGGUCGCGUGUGCUACGAGAUGAAGAUAAACGAGGAAAUUCCCGUGAAGCACCUGCCGAGCACCGAGCCGGAUCCUCACGUGGUUCGAAUCGGAUGGUCCCUCAACCACAGCAGCACUCAGCUCGGUGAAGAACCUUUUUCCUUUGGAUACGGAGGAACGGGGAAGAAAUCCGUUGACUGCAAGUUUGCCGACUUUGGUGAGAAGUUUGGUGAAAGCGACGUCAUCGGCUGUUACGUUGACUUCGAAAACGGUGACGAGGUGGAGAUGGGAUACACCAAGAAUGGCGUCCAACUGGGCGUGGCGUUCCGUACGACAAAGGAGGCUCUGGCUGGGCGAGCCCUGUUCCCUCAUGUGCUCGUGAAAAAUUGUGCUGUUGAGUUCAACUUUGGGCAGAAAGGGGAGCCCUACUUCCCCCCACAGGAAGGAUACACCUUCAUCCACAAUCUGGACCUGAAGGACAAGAUCCGAGGCACAAAGGGACCUGCCAGCAAAUCCGAGUGUGAGAUCUUGAUGAUGGUCGGCCUCCCCGCCUGUGGAAAAACCACCUGGGCUGUUAAACACGCAAAGGAAAAUCCAGAGAAGAAGUACAACAUCCUGGGUACAAACGCCAUCAUGGACAAGAUGAAGGUGAUGGGUCUGCGGCGCCAGAGGAACUACGCCGGCCGCUGGGAUGUUCUGAUCCAGCAGGCGACUAUGUGUCUCAACAGGCUGAUCGAGAUCGCCGCCCGCAAGAGACGCAACUACAUCCUGGAUCAGACAAAUGUAUAUGGAUCAGCAAGGAGACGAAAAAUGCGUCCUUUUGAAGGUUUUCAACGCAAGGCUAUUGUAAUUUUUCCCACGGACGAGGAUUUUAAAGAGCGAACAUUAAAGCAAACCAAUGAGCAGGGGAAGGAUGUGCCCGAUCAUGCUGUAUUAGAAAUGAAAGCCAACUUCACCCUCCCCAAGCCGUGCGAGUACUUGGAAGAAGUGACCUUCAUCGAGGUUCAGCAAGACGAGGCUGAAAAGCUGCUGAAGCAGUACAAUGAGGAGGGCCGUAAGGCCGGCCCACCGCCAGAGAAGCGCUUUGACAACAGGCAGAGCAGCUUCCGCGGUCGCGGCAGCGGGAACUUCCAGCGCUAUGACAACCGUGAUAGUUACCGCGGAGGCUUCCAGAACCGCAGCGGGGAUGGAGGCAGUGGGUACAGAGGAGGCUACAACCGUGGCAGCUACAACCAGAACCGGUGGGGCAACAACUACCAUGACGGAGGCUCCGAUUCCCGUGGCGGGUAUAACCGCAGCCAGCCGUCAGGCGGGAACUACAGUCGUCCCUCUUCUUACAACAAAGGAGGAUACAACCAGCAGGGCUACAGCCAGAGUUACAACCAGGGCUACAACCAGGGCGGCUACAACCAGAACUACUACGGCAACUACAGUCAGUACCCAGGAUACAGCCAGAGCUACAGCCAGCCCGCUGCAACCGCACAGACGUACAGCCAGCCGCCAGCGGCGCAGCCAGCAGCGCAGCCGCAGCAGAGCUACAACCAGCAAUACCAGCAGUAUGCUCAGCAGUGGCAGCAGUACUACCAGAACCAGAACCAGUGGAACCAGUAUUACAGCCAGUACGGCGGCUACCCUGGCCAGGGCAGCCAGGGCUCGUCUUCAGGUUCCCAGUAGCUUCGUCCUGUGUCCGCUGGCGUCCCCUUUGACCUCUGCAGUCCUUUCUUUUUUUGUACAGUCCCAAAUCAAGCAUCCUGUCUGCUUUAACGCAUCCUGUCCAAUCACACGCGUUCUUUUUACUGAACCCAGUCUUAUUUAAGCAUCACGUGUGAGGUGGUAGCUUCUAGGUCUCAGAACAUCUAAUGAAUGUUUAUGAUUAUGCAUCAGAUGUGGCCGUCUGAGCUCCACGUCUCGCAGCUUAAAGGUUUAAUUGUAUAUUUUUAGGAUGCAAAGUGAAAACGACAGAAGUGGAGUAUAUUCGCUUAACAAGGUGCAUGCUUUUUACCCCAUGACACGCCUCCCUCCCGUCUUGCUCUUUGCUUUUCAUUUACCGAGUGAGCGUUUUAUUUACCCAGCGUUUUUAUAGGUGUCGGUUCUGUAUUUAAUCCAGUCCAGAUUAGGAAUAAUCUGCUCUUGUUGACUAGUUGUAUUGACAGUUUUGCCCCCAUCCCUUUGUGAUUACUGUUCAUGGAGUAGUUUGAAUCCAUUUUGUCAAGGCCGUUUUUUCUACCUAAACUUGAUUGAAUUGAUUUUGAGAAGAUCGGUAAGCCAUCUUGUCUUUAUACAAUAAACACAGAUUAAACCCCUGAA